AUGGCGGAUGUCACUAUCUCAACUGACAGCGACGACAGCGUCGUCGUCACCUUAGUUGCGCGGCCUUCUGGUACUCAUGCAUCUGUCUUUCCCAAACGCCAAUUUGUCCUCAGUCAGAAGGAACCUUCUAUUCGAAUCGGCCGAGCAUCCAAGGUUCCCACAAAGGGCUUCAUCGCCUCGGUGGACAAUGCUUGGUUUGAUAGUCCCGUUAUGUCGCGCGGCCAUGCGGAGUUGUACUUUGAUUAUCAUUGCAAUGCGGUGUUCAUCAAAGACAUCGGCUCUCUCCAUGGUACCUUCCACACGCCCAAUGACGGAAUUAGCAAAGAAGAGAGGCUGCAACAAUACAAGCCUGUAAAGUUGUCGAAUGGCGAUACCCUCCGAUUUGGCACCGAUAUUUUCAGGUCCAAAGAAACAUUCCCCCCCUGCUCUCUUGACUUCUUUGCGAUAAGUGGUCAGGGAAUUGAGUCUCUUACUCCAAUUAUGCCAAGUGCCAGUCGAUCAACAAGCCGAGUCUUUACCAUCCCAGAUGACGAGGAUGACGAGGAUGAUGAUGAUUACGAAGACGAUAGUGUAGUUGAGACAACUAUGCCAUCUACACAAGGGAUUAAUGCGAAGCGAGGCCCAUCUAUAGACUUAACUCAUGAUGAGGCCGAUGAGGCCAACGAGCACAGCCACGCUUCAAAUACCACGAGCCGUGCUAACAUUAACUCUGAUGUCAUUGACCUGACCUCCGAGCCUUGUGAGCCUUUGAGCCCCAAGCCAUUUGUGGAGUCGACCCAAAUGAACUCUGCUGCCGCCUCCCCUACACCACCCGAUACCUUUUCCAAUACAGUUGGCGCAUAUUUGUUGGACUCUGAAGCUAAUGACUUCGUGGAACAUCUUCUUAACGAACAUGGGAAUGAUAAUGUAUAUGAGGAUGAUCUUCUUAGUUCCCAAGAGGAUGCCCAUGACUACGAUGAGGAGCUCAACAGUGACGAUAUCCGAAUGACCGAUUCCGAGGCGGAUUCCGCCAUGACGGGAGAUUCAGGGGACGACAUGAGUGCUUCAGCUGGAGAUAUAGAUGACGACGACGACGUCGACGUCGAUGACGAUGACUACAACGAUGAUAACGAUGACAACGACUCUAUAUAUAACAACCUGCAUUAUCAGUAUAUCAGGUCUGCUUGUUAUAGAAGAGGCGAUGAGGGCUCUCCGAUUAACGUUGCUUCUUCGUCAAGCGUUAGCAUGUCAGAUUCGGGAUCGAGCCCCGUUCCGACUGGCUUAGAUUCGUCACUGCCGUCAUCACCGGACCCUCCCAUCUCGAAGGAGCUAACUUCCGAAAGUGUCGAAAAAAUUAAAAGCGCUGAGGCAGAAACUUCUGAUAAGCAAAAUGGUCCCUUUGCCACGCCGUACUUAUUCACUGCACCCGAACAAACAGCACCCCCAACCCUCAAUAUUCGAGAGCCAAGUCCAUCGGACGCUGCGAUGUUCAAGAGUCGCCCAGUACUUGACAAGGCCAUGAGUUACUCCAGAGCCCAGGCUUUGGGUGAGAAGUCCGGCAAGUUUGAAUUUUUUGCUGCUAGGGAGAACAAUCGCGCAAUCCUCCCUGACAGUAAUUCUUCAUUACCAGUCUCUGCAAUUCGAGAGACGUUGAACGAGAGCUCAAGCCAACAUGCUUUUGGCACCCCAGCAGAUCAUCUCCAGCACUCGCCAUUACUACCCUUACCCUUACCAGCAGGAGUUGAUUCUACUAGCAUGAAACAUUCGGAAGAGGUUUUCGAUGGUGCUGAUACUACACCCCGCCCAUCUCCCCUUCUAAACCCCACCACCCUCGAUCUUAGCGCUACAAAUGAAGCACAGAGUUCUGCGUGGUCGACAUCUGGAGAGAAAUUUAUUAACAACCCUCACAGCGUGGAUCUUCCUGCUCCGCACGAACGCCCCCAAAGUCCAGAGUUUGACAUGUCUAGUGCCUAUGCGUUCCAACUUAGCAAGAUGGCAACUGAGGUCAAUGUCGGCCAGAACCUCCGGCGUGUUGGGAUCGAAGACUUACUUACCCAAGAGCCCAAAGGCAUACAAACUAAGAUACCGUAUAUUCAUCUACCACCGAUAGAUGUCCCGAGCCCUUUGGCGGACCUAGUCACUUUAAGUACUCAUGGUACUAAGCGCUCAUUCGAGGAUGCAUUCAUCGAUGGCAAUGAGCCAGCCCAACAAGACCAAGGGCACGACGAUGCAAUUGACGGGACUAACAAUUCCGAAUCUGCCGAUAUGCAAAACGACAGUAUUCCCAAGACUCCUGCUCGGGAGCAGUUUCGAGGACAUGAAGAGGGGGAAGUACAACCCAUUCCCCCAUCAAUGGCACCAGUUGCCACGCAACCCUCAAAGAGACGUCGCUUCGCCGAGGCAGCAGCAUGUGUUGCUCUUGGCGGUGCUGCAGCAUUUACCUUCUUGGUCUCCACCGCUCCUGCCCUGUAG